GAUAACCCAUAGCUUCCAAUAGUUUCUUUUCCCUAUAAAAACCCAACGCUGCAUUGCAUUUUGUAUCAUACUCAACUUCAUCCAAUUGACUUAAGUGGUUGCGAAUUCCUUCAACUUCAAGAUGAAAAUUUUUAUUAUUCUUGCUCUAAUAGUUUUGGCAAGUGCUGAAUGGAAGCCCAAAUCCCGUCAGGAACUGAAGCAAGCUCGAUUGGAUUGCAUUAAAAGUCUUAAUAUUCCUCAAGACUUGUUGGAAAAAGCCAAUCGUCUUGAAUAUCCCGAUACUGAUCUAGUCAAGGAAUUCGUUCUAUGUGGUGCUCGAACCUCGGAGCUUUGGAAUGAAUCUGAAGGAUGGCUAUCUGACAGAAUUAUGAGACUUUUGGAAAAUGAUAAGAAACUUAACAAAGAAGAAGCCCGUGAAGUAAUUGAAAGUUGUUUGGAUGAUAAUAGUCAAGGUAGUUCUUUGCAAGAUUGGUCUUACCGCAACUUUAAGUGCCUCAUAGAUAGCAGAUUGAGAAGUUCAAUGAAGAAGUUAUUGCAGAAAUUGGAUUAAGAAUAUUUUUGAUUUAACUAACAAUUUGUAUUUUGAAACGAAUUUUAAUAAAAGUUAUCGAAUCUUUUUAA